AUGGCCAAUGUAUUUCUUCAAUUCUUACUCGAUGUUGAAAAUGGAGACUUAGCAGCGGUUAAACGAAACAUCACUAAUGGAAUUGAUUUAGAAACACGUGAUGAAGAUCAUCAAACAGCUCUUAUUCUAGCUGCGAGGUGUAAUCAUGUAGAAUGUGUGAGGACUCUUCUUGAAGCUCAUGCAGAUGUCAAUGCCGAAGAUGUGGAUGGUUGGACAGCGUUAUUAAAUGCUUGCCAAAAUGGCAAUUUGGAAAUUAUCCGUUUACUCGUCGAACACGAUGCACAACUGGAACAUGCCGAUUGUGGCCAAUUUACCCCAUUAAUGUGGGCUUCGUAUCAAGGACAUACGAAAAUUGUUGAGUACUUAUUAAUGUGCGGUGCUAAUGUCGAUGCUGUCGAUGAACAUGGAAUAUCAAGUUUAAGUUGGGCAGCAGGUCGAGAUCAUAUUAACAUCGUAAACUUAUUACUAACUGCUGGCGCGUUGCCGAAUCUGUGGGAUAAAAAUAAUACAACACCAUUGAUAUGGGCGAGUCGACGAGGCUAUACGAGAGUUGUUGAUGUGUUAUUGAAAAACAAUGCUAGUGUGAAUAAUAUUGGAAUGAAAAAUAUGACGGCGUUACUUGCUGCAACAAAAGGUGGUUAUGCUGAAACUGCUCUUCGUCUCCUAGAAAAUCGAAACAUUGAUAUUAAAAUUCAAGAUAAGGACGGAGAAACACCGCUAAGUUAUGCUUGUGCUCAUGGAUUGACAACGGUUGUUGCUGAACUUAUUCAACGACAUGCAUAUGUCAAUACAGUCGAUAAAAAUGAUGAUCCAGUUCUAUUCUCAGCUGUGAAAGGUGGAAGUGAAGAUUGUGUUGCUAUUCUUCUUGAUAAUCACGCUGAUAUCAAUGCAAUUGGUGCCGACAACAAAACCGCGAUUUGGUGGGCUGUAGAAUGUGGUCGGAAAAACAUUGUGACACAUUUACUCCAAUACAAGCCUGAUGUUGAAGUAUCUGGCGGACCUGAUGAUGAUACACCAUUACUUUUAGCCACGAAACGAAAACGCGUUGGAAUUGUCUUUGAAUUAAUUCGAUAUGGUGCUCGAUUAUCAUCUGUGGAUCGGUUUGGUGACAAUAGUUUGCAUAUUGCUCUGCGCAAUCGUAGUCGAGAUAUAGCUGAUAUUUUACUUUCAAAUCCUCGACAUGCGAAGUAUUUGUAUCGUCCGAAUAAACACGGUGAAACGCCAUACAAAAUCGAUGCUAGUCUCCCAAAAAGUGUUCUUACGGCUAUCUUCGGACAGAGAACAUUGAAUCUUAACGAUGAUUCUAUUCUCGGUUAUGAUUUAUACUCAUCGGCCUUAGCAGAAAUCUUAAGUGAACCAUCACUUCGAACACCAAUCACUGUUGGUUUAUAUGCAAAAUGGGGUAGUGGAAAAUCAGCUCUUUUAACACAUCUGAAAGACGAAAUGCAUAGUUUCGCCCAACUCACUGAUUUCCCAACUAUGAAACCGUCUCCCCUACUGCUUUCGAUUAUUUUUCUAUUCGCAUGUAUCAUUGGUUUGAUUACUGGUUUUUCUAUUCAUUUUAUCGUUGGUAUUUCACUUGGCGUAGCAUUAUUCUUCAUUCCAAUUGGAUUUAUAUUCUUAAUAAAGUAUCUUCUUCGUAAUAAAGAUUAUCUCUGGACGACCAAUGUCGCGCAGUUUAUCAACAAGCGUUUGGAAAUCCUACGAUUUCUUCUUCAAGUUCUCUUCAUGAAUCCCUAUGCUUAUCGCCGAUUAAAAGGCAAUGAUACAAUGGAUUGUAAAAAGAUGAAAUUUAUAUUUACCGAAUAUGGAAAAGUAUCAGCUGCAGAUGGAGAUAAAGCCAGUGCGGGAAUGAUUGCUGAACUAGCUAUCAGUGUAGAAGAGACAUUUGGACUUGUAGCAACACGCCUCUGUCGUGCACUUCAUUCUAAAGAUACCAGUCAUCAUCGGUUUCGUCAUAUUUGCUGUGUGCCUGCAUUCGUCUACGUUAUCGUUCAGAUUGCUCUGGCGAUAAGUUUGAGUAUUCUUGCAUUAAUCAACGGUGUACCGUCAAUUCAUCGUUCAGUUAAUACGGCGUAUAUUGUAUUGAUGAGCACAUUAGGAGCUUCGAUCGUAUUUAGCAUGGGUCCGUGUUUUCGAUUGAUGAAAGGAUUGAUGAAAUCACCGAAGUCGAAAAUUAUCAAAUAUUCUGAUCAUUCUUCUCGUCUCAAUGAAACAUCGCUAUACCGACUUCGAAAAGAAGUCAGCCAAUUGUCUUACAUUAUCAAGACUAUCGAAGCAUUUCUCAGUAUUAAUACUCGUCUUGUCGUUCUUAUUGAUGGUCUCGACGUUUGCGAACAACAUCGUAUCCUUCAGAUUCUUGAUCAAGUUCAUGUUCUUCUCUCGAAAGAAAACGAUCCAUUUAUAACUUUAAUUGUUUGUGAUCCACAUAAAAUGAUGCAGGAUAUGACAAGUACAUCACCAACAGUACCUGUACCAAAUCAUAAUACUGGUUUUGAUACCACAGUCAACGGGCACGACUAUCUUUUGUCGAUUAUUCAACUACCGAUUUAUUUACAACUAAAUUUGAGUCGAACAAAGCAGUUGAAGAAUACGGAUGGAUUUUCGCGGAAAAAACAAAUGACAUUAACGAAAAAUCCAUCGAUACUCGACGUCAGUACUAAAGCUCCUGUAGCCGAAAAGCUUUCGAAAAACAAACGUCGUCGACAAAGACGAGACACUUUGCCAAACACUAAACCGGUAACAACAUCGGAAUUGACUCAUCAAUUACUUCAAUCGGAUUAUUUUCUCGAUAUCAAUCCGCGAAUUCUUCAACGUUUGAUAAAUAUCAUCGCCAUGACUGGCCGAUUGUUACGUGCGAGUCAAGUUCUCUUCAGUUGGAAACGUCUCGGAUGUUGGUCGUAUUUAAUAGAACAAUGGCCAUACAGGAUGACUUGGAUUAUCGUUCAUUAUGAAGAUCAUGAACAAGAAUAUGCUGAAGAUACCGCAUUGAAAGUUCUUUUUGAAAAAAUUAAACCGUUUAUUUCAAUGGCGAAUGAUUCGCUCUUAGAACUCGAUCGGAAUGGACGAAAAUUUGAACUUUGUAUCGAACAGAGUGAACCCGUACUGAAUGUGACUGAUUUGAAGCAAUUUCUUCCGUGCACAUGCAAUCUCGAUCCGUAUCUGAAUAAAAUUAUCCGAGAAUCAACACCGUACUUUUAUAUGACUAACGCCGAUGAAAAUGGUUAUAUUAACGGAGAUAUCUCACGACUCUAUCCUCGACACGAUCAUUCCUUUGAUACACAUGGUGGUCAUGGUCAAUCGGGACCAUGUACACGACAGAAAAGUGGAUACUAUUCAAAACAUCAUUAUGGAAGUCCAUAUCGUCCGUAUCCGCUAAUAUCAGCAAGAAAACGUGAUCUGGAUGAGAUUCGUCUUCGAACAGCGUCAAUUUCCUCUUCAACGGCACCUAUUCCACCGCCAUUAAUAGAUCAAGAACAAUCUACUAUGAAUAAUCCCGAUGGAAAUGUUAAAAUCGAUUUAUCACCUCUGUUGAGUGAAAUGACAGUGAGUGAUAUUUGUGAUUGUUUGAAGAACGAUAUUGUUGGUUUAAAACCAGCAAUGAUACCAAUCUACAUUCACGAUUUGAAUGAAAACAACAUCACCGGUCGCGUUCUUGCAGCAUGUGAACUCGAUGAAUUGAAACAAAUCCUUUCGAUGGCAUUCGGCGAUUGGAUAUUGUUCAGUAAUUGGGUACGAACGAAACGCGACGAAGAAUUACGUUCGCGAUUUCGUAUUCAAUCUGUAUCAAAUCCGAGAAUGAACUCAAACGAUCGACCGACUCUUCCUACAAACAAUUUCAUCAAUGAUUACCAAUUCUAUUCGGAAAACAACGCUCUCAAUGCAGCACUCAGUCAAAUUUUACAAACAACAUCACAAGAUUCAGAUAAGAAUUCUUCCGAUGAAAUCCGCAUUGGUGGAAACGAGAAAAUGUCUAUUGUCUCCGGACCGAAGAACGUCAAAUUUCUCAUUCCAUUAACAAGAUCUGGUUUAACAUCAAACGACAGUACACUUGGAGUUAUCGAGUCAACAACAAGAACAAUCACUCAUGUUAAAGAUAUUUUCCCAGUGCAUGUCGCACAGCAAUCUCAUACAACCGCAACAAAUAUCGAUCUGGACACGAUAACACCAUCUUCAUCGUCGAACUCGGGAAUAGCUGCGACUUUGUUUGACACCGAACAACCAGCAACAGUAACCAAUAGCGAUGGCGAAGAAAUUCCCUUACUUCCUGUGGAUAAUUCUAAUGAUAAAUAA